AGUCCACCACGACCCUGACCCAUUCACUCUCAAUAAUUUUGAUUCCCCCCAUGAAUAGAAAAAUUAUACCUCGAGCAAUUCACAACGCAUAGAUAUUCCGCUAGAGCGAGGAACUUCAGCAGAUAGAACUACACAUUUUUAGUCAUUCUCCAUAUUGAAGAUUCAUGUUGUAAUCAUAAGUUUCGAUAACAAGCUACAACCCACAACACACACAUUUUCCCUUCUGAAGCUGUAAUUUUUCCCUUAGUUCUUUCCACACCACACCUCGAACCCACACAUUUUCAUAGAUUACCCAAAUGUCCCCCCACGCCCGAGUCCUCGACACGACAAAAUCAAUUCACCCGCCCGCGUCAAAACGGUCGAGACUUCUGGCUUUGGAACAGGAAAGUUCGUUUGCGACACUGUUGUUUCACGACCCGCAACAACAUUCUAAUUGCAGGAGGAGAAGGGUCUUCAUCUCCGCUCAUGUUCUUAGGGAGAAGACAGAGGACACCUAAAAAGCCCUCGCUCCAACAAGAAGAACGUCGCGAGGUCAUCAACACAUCGCCCAGCAGUCAGAGGAGUAACUAGCGCAAGAUGAAGAACAAGAAAAGCGACGAUGACACGCCUAAGAAGGACGGGGCGAUCGCGGACUCCAGCGAGACGGAGUACAGCGAGUGGGACAACCGCAAGCGCACCAGCGGCGAGGACCAAGCCGCGGCCCCGAGCGACGGGGCCCGGCUCCGCGUGAAGAAGACCGCCACGCAGCGAAACCAGGAAUCGAAAUUACCUGUGGUGCUGGAGGCCAACGCGCCCUGGUCUGAGGCGAAGAAGAGAAGUGUCAAGGAGCGGGUGUUCUGGAGUUGCGUCAUGGUUUCCAUGUUCGCCGUCGUCAUCGCCAUGGGGCACUUGUACUUGGCCUUUCUGGUCAUCGCUUUGACCAUGGGCAUGUUUCACGAGGUCAUCGGGCUGAAGCGGAACAAGGAAAAGGACAAUAAGGUACGAAAUGCUAGGAGGAAGAUCAUCGGAAAGCGUUUUGAAUGACAGGCUGUAUGUUGUAGUAGAAGAGAGGAAAGCGUUUCUUGUGUAGUAGAAGUAGCACAAUGUAAAUUUACUUUGCCUUACUGGGCACGAAUUGUCCGGGUUUGUUUCGCAUAAGCAUAAAGAAAAUGUAUAUGAUUGCAAGAAGAAAUUGAACCUCCGUACAACAGAUACCAUGGUUCCUGACGAUGCGAUGGUACUUUUUCGUCCUGGCGGAGUUCUACGCGAUCAAAAGACUUCUACCGCUUAUGAAAGGAUUCGUUUGUAGUUGCAGCAGUCUCGCGGUCGUAUCAUGCUCAGCUUAAGAUGCGCGAACUAUCCAAGUACUAGGAAAAAGAUUAGAGACCUUGGCGAUGGUGAUUGAUACGACCGAGUUGCUGAAACGAAUUCUUCCACUGCAUACUCCCAUCACACGAGCUGGAAAUAAAAAUCAAGGAAAUCGGCGGCCAGAUACCCUACCUGCUUUUCGUCAGGUAUAGAAUAGUGCUAGUUCCGCUUGUUAUUUUCUAGAAGAUUUGCCGACUUACCAGGACCCCUUUUUCACGUUCAAGGUUGGGCCGAUGUAUUCCAACUAGCAUUUUAAUUUUUUCCUGCAACACCGAGCCUGCCUCUCGACUGGUACAGAAACGAAAUUGCAGUUAUGCAUUUUACCAACGAUUCUCAGGUACUACACUUUCACGGUCUACCUGGGGUUUUUGGGCGGGCUGAUUUUUUUCGUGCUUUCCCUCCGGAAAUUCACGCUCAAGUACCAAUUUCACCAGCUCGGGUGGGCCAUGCUCACGAUUUUGCUGAUCGUGAUGCAGAGCUGCGCCCACGUGUCAAACAUCUACAGUGGCAUCGUCUGGUUUCUGCUCUCCACAACGCUGGUCAUUACUAACGACGUUUUCGCAUACAUAGUCGGGAUCCGCUUCGGGAAAACCCCACUCAUUGCUCUCUCCCCAAAAAAAACCGUGGAGGGUUUCUUCGGCGGCAGCGUGUUCACCUGCAUUUGGGCGGUGUUUGCGGUCAACAUUUUGUCCAAAAUGGAUUUCUUCCUCUGUCCGCAGCCGGACCUGGUGGGGCUCCCGUUCAUGGGGAUCAGCAACCUGCACUGUAGCGAGGAGGUGACGACGCAGUUCUUCGAGACCGUGGUCUUCCGAAUACCGGGAGUGCAGUACCUCACCGCGGACCCGGAAGCCUACUCGUUCAGCAUGUCGAUGCUCUCGGUGCACGCCACGGUGAUGGCCCUUUUUGCCUCCCUGGUCGCGCCUUUUGGCGGGUUUUUCGCGUCCGGGUUCAAGCGGGCGUUCCGAAUAAAGGAUUUCGGAGAUCUGAUCCCGGGACACGGAGGAUUGACCGACCGGUUUGACUGCCAGAUCGUGAUGGGUAUAGAGAAAUUGCUUUAAUAUUAAUAAAGUACGUGUGUUGCAAUGGUUUGCUGCAUGAUGAAUUUUAGUGUAGCUUUCUUGCAGGUACAUGAUGAGUUUUUACGUCGCUUGCCACCACGUUUUGGACUCGAGUUAUCAUGCCCAAUCUCCACAUCAGGUCUCUUCUGCCACGUGUACCUACACACGUUUGUCUAUUCCAGCGCCAUGGUUUCCGUGGAUGUGAUGAAAAAACUCGCGGAAAGUCUCUCUCCCCAAGACCGCCAGGAACUCGUAAAUCACCUGAUGAGUCUGGGGAGGGGGUACUAGCCACUCGACACGAGGAAGAACGAGAGCUGAGGAGCAGCCAGCUCUAGUCUGGACGAUGCCACGGUCGAUAAGGAAAGUGACGCACGGUGUUGUCGACUAGGAUUCCAUUCCAAGGAAGCCGUCGUGCACCAGUAUGGGCCGGUUGUGCCCCACUUGAUAACGUCGGGCAGGUGGGCGUGGUGUGCCGUUGUGCAGGGCAGGCGGAAUGUGUCUGGGAAGACCUGGUCCUUGCGCCUGGUGCAGCAGAAACAACCGCUGCAAGGUGAAGACAGGUGAUACUACUGUUCGUUCUUCGACGCAGUCAGUCGGAACUGGCACAUGCAGAGCUGGUUUCGACUGCGCAGAAUACCUCCAAAAAGUUCUUAACUGGUCUGUUGCGCAGAACCUGAAUACGAUGGCUUUGAAAAAGGUCAGUUCUGUCCAGGGUGUAACAAACGUAUGAAGGCGAUAAAAAAUCAGACUACCAAAAACGC